AUGAGAGCCUUGACAGAUGCAGCCAUUGACGAGCCCGAUAUAAUCUCAUUAUCUUUAGGCUCAUACGAUGAUUCGUCAAGCAACCCAAUUUCGGUAUUAGCAUCCAACAUUGCGCAGAAAAUCCCCAUUAUUCUAUCUGGCGGAAAUGGCGGUGAGCUAGGGCUCUUCUAUCCAACAGCUUUUGCAUCAAAUAAAGAUAUCAUAUCAGUUGGAUCAGUGUCUAGUCUCCAGGGCAUAAGCUGGCCUGCAAAAUUGGUUUCAAGCUCGGGAAGCACUUUGGACAUCACAUACUUCACUGGCAACGAUACUCAAUGGAAUUUUACAGGGUCGUUUCCUGUUCAUAUUUCGGAACACGACAUCUGCCAGCUAGCAUCAGGCAGCGAUGGUGUCAAGAGAAAUCUGUUUCAAAAGAGAAACUACCAAUCAAACAGCAUUCUUUUAGCAAAGGCAAACGAUAACAACUGCUCGCAGCACAGUUUAGAAAGUGCUGGUGACUUUAAAUACAGAAAUAUAUUGAUGUACACUGCAGAUGCCGAGAAUUACAAUUUCACAGACAACUACUCAUCUAACUUGGUGUCUGCACUCGCACCAGAUACAUUGAAUCUUGCCACAGUCAAGAAAGUGGUGUCUUCGUGGGUAGAAAAGGAGUUAUUAUUGGGCAAUUUUGUUACCUUGGAGAUCUCAGCUGCCGACGAGAUGAGUCCCUAUCCUCUUGAGUCGCUAGGUGCUGGGAAAAUAAGUGCGUUUUCGUCGUGGGGUCCAACGUUCACAAAUGAUUUUUAUCCAGUUAUCUCAGCUCCUGGUGCAGACAUAUUUGGGCAGGGGUUGAACCAAACCAGGUCCAUGAAUGGUACGUCUCUAUCUGCUCCAUAUAUUGCUGGUGUGAUUGCACUCUACAAGAGUGUGUUUCCAUAUGCCACUCCAGAGGAAAUCAGGAACAAGCUUGUUGCCACUGCGUCGACAUUGUCGUUGUACAACGAGGUUGGCAAGUCUGAAGAGAAGUUGGCUGCUCCUUUGAAUCAGCAAGGGGCUGGGUUGGUAAAUGCCUUGAGCUUUGUUGACUACUCGUCGACAAUCACAUCCAACCCGCUACUAGUUCUUAAUGAUACAGACAACAGGGUGUCUGAGCACUUGGUGACAGUGUACAAUGGUGGAUGCGAAGACGUGAUGUAUGUUUUGUCACACGAAGGCGCUGCUACAAUCAAGGCCAGAAACAAGGAGGAUGGGUUUCCACAGGUGUACUAUCCAGAGUACGACACCAGCGAGGCCCACAUCAAGUACUCAUUGAGCUCGUUCACUUUGCAGCCCGGCGAGUCAGCGAAUGUGACAGUCGACAUCACAGCUCCAGUGUCAAACAUCACAGAUGGGUAUUUGUUCUCAGGAAAGAUUGUAGUCACUGGCUCCAAUGGCGAGAUUUUGAAAGUGCCCUAUAUGGGGGUUGAGUUGUCUACCAGGGACUGGUUGGGUGUGGAAGCAUAUUGCAUUGCUAAUGAAAAUGGGGAACUUGUUGAUUUGGCUGAUACCAGUCGUAUUUACGAUGUGCAAAGCUACGACACAUUCUCGAUAUACUACAGAAUUGGAUUUGGCUCUCCAACAUUUGCAUUUGACUUAGUGACGUAUGAUUACGAGCUUUCAGAUUUCAGCUAUCCACCAGAAAACAAUGCCAAGUGGGUAGGGCCCAUCGAACUAUGGAAUGGAAACGAUCAGUUUUCNGUUUUAUCGCAGAACAGUCCUAGCAGAUUCAACGACUUUGUAUAUGGUGAAGUUAGUGGUCUUGGUGAUGGGCAACCAUUUCCAAAAGGAAA